CGUUUCGUAUAUUGCCGUCACCUUGAAAAGUGUUCAACGCGUUUCUUUUUCAAUCGUCUGCAAUUUCGCGAGUGGAUCAACUUUUUUUUUUAAAUUCUUAUUCGAAGUACUUAGGUGAGAUUUAUUAUGCAUUUUAACUAAAGAAAAAAAAAAAACAAAGGAUAAAUAUUCAUUUUUUUGUGUCUAAAUGUCCCGGAGAUCGUACAAAAAGUCUUUGUCGACCGGAGCAACAAAACUCUUUAAACGUAUUAAAAUGAGUACCCCUAAUAUUAAGAAGAAUAAAGACGACGCUAAUAGAGAUGUUAGCGAUACUGAUCUUGCAAAUGAAGCAAAAAGUGUUAUUGAAAAACUUUUAGGAGAUGUCAGUAAAACUUCGGCAACAAAACAAAUUAUUAUUGGAACCACAUCAGGAUGGAUGACGGGAUUUUUGACGAUGAAAGUGGGAAAAGUUGCAGCAUUUGCAUUGGGAGGUGGAAUUAUUAUUCUACAAGUUGCUGCACAUCAAGGAUAUAUAAAAAUAAAUUGGGACAAAGUACAAAAAAAAGCGGAGAAAAUCUCUGACAAAGUUGGAGAAAAAGUUACUGGCGAGGGACCUAAAAUGUUAGACAAGAUGGAAAGGUUCGUGGACCAAAAAUUGGAUAAAGCGGAGAAAUUAUUGAAAAAUGGAGAGAGAACAACGCGUCGUUGGUAUCAUUCAAUAACUGGUGAUUCGAAAUUUCAAGUUAAGGAAAUUCACAUUUUUCUCGCAGCCUUUGGAGCUGGUCUCGCUAUUGGCCUUGCUUCAGCAAACUAGGUAACGUUAUGCUGUAAUCUGAAUAUUAUAAGUAGAUUUCGUUCGAGACUUUUGGAUAAUCUCACAUUAGAUCGACAUCAUUCAACUGACGAUGAAACAAUUAAUCAAUUGACAAGAAUAAAAGAAGGAAGAAAAUGGUUUUUGGAACAUAGACACUAAAAAGAAAAAGAAAAAUCUAAUUUUUCUAAUAAAAAACAUAUUAUCGUCGACAAAAAAAAAAGUUAAAAUAAUUUAUACAAAAUUCCAGUUAAUUGAUGGUGAAAAAUUGUUUUUUUUUUUUUAGAAAAAAAAUCUUGCUUUUGUUGAACAUGAAAAAAAAACAAAAAAAUUUUAAGGGAAAAAAGAGAAAAAAAAAAACAUUGGAAUACAAGAAUUUUAAAGAGAAAAAAUUUAUCACAAUUUUGAAAAAAAAGAAAAUUUGUCAUUCUAUAUUUUUUAAAAUGAAAAAUUGUUUCAUUUUUUUUUUAAUUUGCUGAAUUUUUGAACAAAAUAUAUAAUAAAAAUAUAUUGUCUCGAUUUAAAAAAAAAAAAAAAAAAUAUUCAGACUACAGCAGCGUGAGUUUACAAAAUUUCUUAAUAUUAUUUUGCGAUAUUGUAAAUCUUAGGAAAAUUGUAUUGGAAAACCACGACGGAUAGAAUUUAAGGAAAACAAAACUGCGAUUUUUUUUUUAAUGUACUCCUUUUUGCGUACUAGUCUACGAUUGUAAAUCGAUUAUUACUAUUAUUGAUAUUUAUUUAUACUCGCGGUAUGUUUAUUAUUUUUUCUCGCAUUUCAUCCUAUUUUUUUUUUUUUUGGAUGAUCCUUUUUUUUAGCUGUGAUUUCUUUUGAAUCUAUACAUAGUAGUUAAGAUAGCUCAGCUUUUUUUAUUGUCAACAAAUCUUUAUUUAAAAAAAAAAAAAAAAAAAACGCUGCUUAUUCUUCGGGUAUUAUUAAAUAAUAUCCGCUACGAGAAUUAAUUAAUUAAUUUAAAGUUCUAAAUAAGAUAUUCUCUAAAGUCUGAUUUUUUAAAAAUAAUAUUGGUUAUUAAUUUUCAAAGAUAAAAAUUCAUAAUACAUUAAAAAUAUCGAAAGAACAAAAUAUUUAUAAUAAGAAAAUUCAAAAAUUUGAAUUUGGAAAAUUUGCUUUUUUGCAACUUUAAAUUUACUAAAAAUAUAAAAUGUAGAUUAAGUUAUUUAAUUUUAUAUAUAAAAAAAAUUUUUGAGAUCAACAAAAAUUUUUAUUUCUACAAAUUUUGUUUCUUUUUUUUUUCAAAAAACUUUUUUAGUUUUAUUUUUACGAAGCUGAAGUACGCAACGUUUAUAUAAACGAUUUUUAAAGAAAUAAUUUUUUAAAAUGAAAAAUUCUAUAAUUUUUUGUCUAAAAAAUAUUUUUUUUAUAAUUUGUUGAUUAAUGAAAACUACAAGAAAUAUUUUUUUAGGCAAAAAAUUAUAGAAUUUUUCAUAUUAAAAAAUUAUUUCUUUAAAAAUCAUUUAUAUAAACGUUGCGUACUUCAGCUUCGUUUAUUUUUGAAAAUUGUUUAAACACUUUAAAAAAAAAAUAAAGUUCAUGGAUACGUGCGACUCUAUAAUGUAUUGAAAAACCAGAAUUAUAAAUAUUAUUAUAAAUUCUCGAUUGUUGAAUAGUUAUUAUAUUAUUAACACAUUGUAGAGCUAAGUCACUUUGUAAACUCGAAAAUAAUAUUAUUAAUUGAAUUAAUUGUGAUGGAAAAAUUAAAAUCUAUCAGUAUUUACAAAA